GUAAGCAUUUAAUCAGUCCAACGGCUAAAACUUUCAAUCUCAAUUCUCUUUAUAAACAAGAUCAAGAACUUUCAAAAAACUAAUUCAUCCCAAGGCAGUAUGGCUUCCAAAGUUUGGAUCCAUCUCUUCUAUUCUACCAUUUGCUUUACCUUGUGGGUAGCCAUUGCCGGUGCACGACCGCCGGCCGCCGCACCCUCGACACCCACCGCCAUUCCUCCGAUCGCCUCUACGCCGCGGCCCGCUCUAACCGCUGUCCCGCCUCAAGCCACCAACCUUCCAAAAGUAGCUGCUACUCCAGUUUCACCACCACAACUCACACCCCUCGCCCCACAUGCCGUCUCAACGCCGCCAUCGCAGCCACCAGCAUUGCCGCCGGCAAAGAAACAACGGCCUCCGCCUCGGGCAGCUAAGCCUCCGGCCAUGCCACCACCACCCAGGCGGUCACCGGCUCCUGCACCAGCGCCAAUUAGCAUGCCACCAACGGUUGCGACCCCGAUAUCGGCGCCCAUGCAAGCACCGCUGCCUCCCAAGAAGCACAAGAGAAAGAAGUGGAGGCGACGCAAGCACAGGCAUCACCACCACCACGCCCCACCACCACCGCCGCCAGUUGUGAGAAGCCCGCCGCCGCCACCUGAAGUGGAGGAACCAGCAACGCCAGCUCCAUCUCCAUCUCUAAAUUUGAAUGAAGGAACAUCGAUUCUCGGACGACAAGGAAGAAGAUCAAGAUUGUGGACAAAUGUUGGUCUGGCCGUGACCAUUUUAUUGCCCAUUAUAGCCUAGACAUUAACCUAAGUUCUUAUAUUUUUCUUUCUUUCUUUAAAUUUUCUUUAAGAUGAAGCUAAGCAAUUGGAUUAAUUAUUGUAAAAUUUGUAACAAGUGAUGCAUUGUUUGGGAGUAAGUCAAUAGCCGUUGAGUUUGCAACAAU